UGUGACGCCUACCGUUCACUGCGCGCACUCAUUUCAAGAGAAAGCUUACGCUCGUUCUGGAGCUGCGCCUGUUACUGCCCAGUACACACCAAAACAAGGAUUUCAAUUUUUGUAAUUAAUUAAAAAAUUGGGAAAUGGACCAGAAAGACACAGAAAUGAACGAAAAAGGAGUUUCUUCUUCUACCAGCGGAGUUGUUGUUCAAGUCAGGGAGAAGAAAGGAGCUUUACGCGCUGCCAUCCCAUAUAUGCCUUUCCCAGUAGCUGUCAUCUGCUUGUUUCUCAACACAUUUGUGCCCGGACUGGGUACAUUCAUCUCAGCCUUCACAGUUCUGUGCGGAGCGAGGACAGACCUGCCUGACAGACACAUGUGCUGCGUGUUCUGGCUGAACAUCGCUGCCGCCUUCAUUCAGAUCGUCACUGCCAUUGUCAUGGUGGGCUGGAUCAUGAGCAUAUUUUGGGGAAUGGACAUGGUCAUUCUCGCAAUCUCUGAAGGCUACAGGGAGCAGGCCGCCCCUCAGCAGCUCUGAUUGCUGUCCUCCAAACCUAAUCUUGAAUGUGCACCUUUCUCCUGUGCUGUCUGGCCAACAUGUAUGGGAGCUUUGAGGCGGCCCCCACGAGGCCUGGGAGAUCCAGGGGUUGAUCACAUGUAGAUUUUCAGCCCAACUCCCUGCUACUUCCUGUCCUGUCAGGUACUGCAUUAAGGGGACCUGACUGUUGAAGGACAGCAGAAAGCAUGAACAUUCUGUGAAUAUCUCUAAAAAUUGUGCAAACGUGCAAAACGUCUAUGUGCCGAACACGUCCUAUUCCUGUCAGGGAAAACCGAUCUUAAGCGUACUUAACCCUGUAGUCGUAAUGUAUGUGUUAAAUUGACCAAUAUACACUAUGAACAUUUUCAGUUUGUAAAAAAAAAAUCUAUUUGUUAAAGAGCUUUGAGGUGUCCAAUGAAGCAGCUGAAGGAAUCUUAAAGGAACAGUUCACCCAAAAUUACUCACCCUCAUGUUUGUUCGUGCAAAAUAAAAAUAAAAUACAUUUUGGGUGAACUAUCCCUUUAAAAUUAUGCUUCUCACAGAGCACUAUGAAUACAUAACUACACUGAAUAUUUUUAUGUCAUGUGCAUUACAGUGUCUACAGUAUUUCUUUAUAGUGUGCUGUGUUUUUAUUACUUAAAUUAAGCCUUAUAACGCAGGAAGUGUGUAUUUAUCAAUUUGUUUUAUAAAAUAUAACUUGUAUUCUACACGAAUACAUCACCUGUUAUUGUUAAUCUCUAUUAGUCCUAAUACCUGGAGACCACCAGCCAGAAAUGUAACCUUUUUCUCCAGUAAUUAUCUGUUGUUAAGUAAAACAGCCAAGUAUUGGUGAAUCACUGUAUGCCAGUUUCCAUAGUGACUGGCCACUUUAAUCAACCCAUGCGUAGGGUAUGAAAUAACGUAAUUAAGUGUGAGUUAUUUUUAUGUGACCGACAUAGGAGAAAGGCAUGGCGCAAAUUGAAAUAGGCAAAACAUUAUGAUUUAAGACUGACAUUCAAAAUUAACCACCAAUUUCAAAUGGCUGCAGCAACUGAGCAAGGAGAAUUUGUGCUUUGCUGAGUGUGCGAUACAUUCGGAAAAUUCAAGCCCUAAAUAUUAAUUAUUCUGAACUGGUUCAUUGUGUUACUCACACUGAAGAGUCUCACAUUUUAUUGAGUCUCUUUUUUUGGAUAUUAUAAAUAUAUAUAAGCUGGUCUCUGGUGUGAAUGUGUGUUGUGAAUGUAUUUGAGGGUUUGUUGUAAAUAUGGACAGAAAGUGUAUUAGUUCUGUAAAGUUGUGUGCUGUUGUGUUUAGUGCGGCCUUUUUAAAUACAAACAUUAUAUUCCAAUGCUAAGUCCAAAGGCCUAAAUAUAUUACAGCCAAACAUAUGUUACUCAGCAGACUUACAAAAUGACAUUAUCACAUCUCUAGAUAUGUCAGAGGUACCAUAUCUAAUAAAUUCUGCCUUUAAAAAGUGA